GGAACGCCAGCGACGUGUUACACACGUCGUCAGGCGAUUGUUGCAGAAAAGAAAAUGACGUACGUGUCACGUCAACUGUGACGCAUUUAUUUAUUAAUAAAUAAGAUUAGUAUUCAUACAUAUGUAAUUUUAUCAUCAGUUGAUAUCAUGCGUCUUUAUAUUCUCUUCUGGAACCCCCUGAACGCUGCCUGAACGCGCCCCGAAAUGAUUUGCACUCGACUGUUCUGGCACGCGCAACCGUAAAUUUCUUUGCACCGCAAGUGGUUAAGCACUGAAAGUUUCUGAUUUUCAAAAGUUACAUAUUUUAUAGACUUACAAAACUGACAGUAAAGUUUUUGAAACACAAUCUAAAAGCAGACUUAAAUAGGUGCGCGACGUGAAAUGUAUAGUAUAUGCUACUACUAUCUUCGGGAAGAUUUCGAAAACAAAUAUGACGCGGCACAAACUCGAUGAUAAUUUGACCUGUAUGAUAACAGAGAGAAGCCUGAGAGCGGCCAUGGCCAUAAGAGUUUCUGGCCCGAAUUCAUAGUCGCUUCUCAAAUCUUAGAUCUCGUCUCCAAUCUCAAAUCUCAGUUCUCAGAUCUCGAAUCUCCAACCUUAAAUUUCAAUGUGAAUAGGUUAUCUUGUAAUUUGGUAGUUUGUGGUCAUAAAGUGUACUAUAACAAGCGUAUUAUUACAAGAGAGAAAGACAUGAGUUAAUCUAACCUAAUCUCGUCUUUAUUUUACUUGUUUAACAAGAAAUUAAAAGCAAGAGUGUAAAAGAAAAAAAUUUUUUUUUAAAAAUUUGAAAAAAGUUACUCGAUCAGCAAAAAUUAUUAUCAGUAAGUUAAAUUACCAUGGAAGAUUUAGAAGAGUUUUUGGAAUUUAUGGAUAUGGCAGAGGUUGCAAAUAUAAGAAUACCUAAGCGUUACAUUCGGGAUUACUCAAAUCCUUUUGAAUUCUUCUAUGAAGAAGCAUUUAAAAAACGUUUUAAAAAUUUAGUAAAGAAGCAAUUAUUGAUUAUUUAUUGCCAAUUAUUAAAGAUAACUUGGCAAAAAAUAGUAACAGAGGUUUACCAGUAUCACCUGUUUUGCAACUUCUUAUGACUCUUCGAUUUUAUGCAACUGGCAACUAUCAAAUUGUUACGGGUGACUUAAGAGGCUUUUCGCAAUCCACUGUAUGCAGAUGUAUUAAAGCAGUGUCGAUAGCAUUUGCAGAAAAACUUCAUGAAUAUGUACACUUUCCUAAAACUCUGGAGGGUCAACGAAACAAUAUCAAAAAAUUUUAUGAAAUAGCUGAAUUUCCAAACGUUGCUGCUUGCAUUGACGGAACUUUGAUCAAAAUUGCGAAUCCUGCCAAAGAAAUUGGAGAAAUCUUUCGCAGUAGAAAAGGCUCAUUUUCUUUAAAUAUUUUGGCUGCUGUAGAACCAAGAGGAGAAAUUUUGUAUAUCGAUGUUCGACACCCGGGAAGCACUCAUGACAGCACUUGCUUUGAUCGCAGUGCCUUGAAACUGUUUUUUAUGGAGAAUAGGAUAAAAGGUCUGCUUUUAGGUGAUAAUGGCUAUAGUUGUCACUCAUAUUUACUUACACCUGUUUUGCGACCACUUAAUCAGGCAGAAUGUAAUUAUAACAAAAGUCAUAAAAAAACAAGGAAUGUUAUAGAAAGGACAUUUGGUCGAUGGAAAAACAAAUUUUCUUGUUUAAAAAGAGGUCUUUUAACCAAGUUAAAUACUUCAAUUGCUAUCAUUUGUGCUACAGCUGUUCUGUGGAACUUGCAUAUCCACAUCAAUUGCCCAAAUAAUAAUAUUUUAGUUGAAGAAGUAGAACAAGAGAAUGCAAUAUAUUUAGAUCUUGAUCCUCCUCGUAAUAUAAAUGGGUUGGAUUAUCGAUUGCGCUUUAUUAUUCGACACUUUUAUUUAAGAUAAUUAUUUUAUAAAAAU